AAAUUAGGAGAUGCCUGAUUCCUCUUGUGAUUGGUUUCUCAUGCUACCCAAUCAGAAGGCUCCAUCUAGCCUACCUCUGGAUCAUAUAUAAGGACUCGCAGGGGCUGCCAGCUCCGUUAUUCUCCACAUUACUAUUCCGUGUGCUCUGAUUUCAGUGCCUGUGUGUUGGAAAUGUCUGGCCGUGGCAAACAGGGAGGUAAGGCGCGUGCUAAGGCCAAGUCACGUUCGUCUCGUGCGGGCCUUCAGUUCCCCGUGGGUCGCGUUCAUCGGCUGCUGCGUAAGGGCAAUUACUCCGAGCGCGUAGGUGCCGGAGCGCCAGUCUACCUGGCUGCGGUGCUCGAGUAUCUGACAGCCGAGAUCCUGGAACUGGCGGGCAACGCGGCGCGAGACAACAAAACGCGGAUUAUCCCGCGCCACCUGCAGCUGGCCAUCCGAAACGACGAGGAGCUCAACAAGCUGCUGGGCCGCGUGACCAUCGCGCAGGGCGGCGUCCUGCCCAACAUCCAGGCUGUGCUGCUGCCCAAGAAGACGGAGAGCCACCACAAGGCCAAGGGCAAGUGAGGCCCUGCCGCUCCCCGCGGGCCCUUUGACGGGCACCAAAGGCUCUUUUAAGAGCCACCCACUGCCUCAAGAAAAAGAGCCACACUGAGCGGGCGGCCUGUUAAGACUGGCUGGGGUCCAGGUCCCCCUGGCCCUUAUGCAUUUUAAGGGUCAUACUAGCGGCGAGGACUGGAGAACCAUGCAGAGAGGCAGCAAAGCUGGGGAGUAGCCGCCUGGCCGGAGAUCACGUCCUGAGCCUCACCCUAAAGCCUCUCCGGGUUUCAGUGCCCCAACCCUCCCACCACCCCCACGUCCGACUUGCGUUGCCUCUGGACUCCGGAAAGCCUUGUGUUUGUUAGUUAGGAAAGCGUUUUAAGAGGCCAGUCAGGCCGGUUCUCCAAAUUAGCGUUGUCAGAGUGCUGCUAAUGGGUAAAUCUUGGCCUUUUUCUUCAAAAUGUGGAGUGCUUGAGCGAUAGAAAUCGCUGUCUUAAUACAACCUAAUUGUAACACGAACUUCUGUGUUUAAUUUGUAAUACAAAUUACUUCAUAAAUGUUUAUAGUGCAAAAAUUGUAUGGGGAUUUCGAAAGGAUUUAGAAGUGUUUGCUAGAGCUAUUUUCAACAUUUAAGCAAAAUGGUUGCGUUUUCAGAGUAAACGUCUUGAGACUGAGGGGGAUAGCUUUGAAAUUUAGUGUUUGGAACAUUUGAGUUGGUCGAGCAAGGAUUUAAAGUUCUUCAGAAGAACUUUACAUAGGUAUUGUUAAAACUAGAUUUGGAACUUAGCAAGUUUAAAUUUUAAUAUUCAUUUUAGCGAACUUAUGAACAGCAUAUUCAUAUUGCUAGAACCAGAGAAAUAAAGUUAAGUUUUGAGGAAGAUGAUUGACCUCUACAAUCUUAUAAUAGAGAUUGGAGAGCCACAGACAAAAUGAACAGAAAUGGCCCUGUUAAUAGCAUCUACUUUGUUUGGUUAGGAGUGUUAGAUGAAUUAUUUGAUAUUCCCUUAAAAUAAUGCCACAAAGUCAGAGUUCACUAAGCUAAUCUUUCUGUUUUUCAUAUUAUCUGUACUGUUUCCAGUAAUUCUUUUGACCAUAACACAGGUCAGCAAGACAAUUCAGGAAUAUUACAUAAUAUAUUAUAUAAUUUCCUAUAUAGUAUACAUUGUGCUAAAAUUGGGUCUACUCAAACCACAACUUCAUAGACGCCAUCUGGAUAACCACAAUUCUGCUACUUUAGGAAAUAUCGCAGUGCUAGUCACAUCAAAAAUUGGUAGGCAACUGCUUUAAAAGUGUGGGUCUCAACCAGACUAUUUACUCUGUGUGUGUGUGUGUGUGUGCAUAUAAUGUGCAAUAUACAAGUGGGCACCCCUUCAGUGAAACAAAACUGCAAGAACUGAUCUUCCAGAUUCCCUUAAGUUUUUAGUGGGAGCCUCCAAUCCUAGGUCAAAUGGUGUAUGCAGUUACAGCUCUGUAUAGGUUGUCAUAUCUCUGAACCCUUCAAAGAUUUGAGGUACUUUUGUUUGGCUAGGAGAUCUUUCAGAUAGCACCAUUUUUAAAGAAAAAUUUAAUGCAGUGUUGACAAGUGGUAAUGUGAGGCAGGUCUGUUUAGGGUAGCCUUUCAAUUUUCACCUCCAAAGCUAAGCUGUCCAAUACACAGCUAAAAGCCACGGGAUAUUUGCCUUUUAAAUUAAGAUUUAUCACAUAGAUGCAUAUUUUAAUUAAGAUUUAUCAUAAAGAUGCACACUGUCCAUGCACAGCCAGUGGGUAUCAUGUUAGAGAACAUAGAUUCAGAAUGUUCCCAUUACAGAAAGUUCUGCUUGGAGAACUCUGGUGUAAAGCUUGUUAUUUGUUAGAUUGCCAGUUUCAGAAAUGUGGUAAAGUACAAAGAGCUAACCACCUCUAUAAGCCAAUGUUUAUUGGAUUUCUGGAUAGGGAGCAAAGCAACACAUAACCUAGACAAUCCAUUCCUAGCUAUAGGCAACCCAAAUGCACAUCAUCUAAUAAUUGGCUUGUAGAUUGUGUUUUAAAUAAAGUGAAAUGCUGUUUCAUGGUACAAUGUUAAGUGAACCAUAAUACUAAGUAAAGUAAGCCAGAUCCCAAAUUACAUAUUAUGUGAUUCCGUUUUUAUGGAAUGUCCAGAAUAGGCAAAUUCAGAGACAAAGUAGAUUAAUUAUUGUUCAGAACCAGAAGAGGGGAAAGUGACAAGUACAGGAUUUUCUCAUGAUGGGAGGAACCCAAAGUGAUGGUUAUACAUUACUGCAAAUGUGCUAAAUGCCCUGACUUAUUCACUUCAAUAUAAUUCACCAUGUGCCAUGUGAAAUUCAUCUCACUUCUUUCUUCAACCCAAACCUGGUAAGUGAAUGUGGACAAAGAAGAAUCAAGAAGUCAGAGUGAAAAUGAAAAUACAGAUCAAGGAAACUGGAAGGGGUGGGGACAGGAUAGACUCAAAGUCUAGAAUGACAGUAUUCUAUUCCAAUGCUUCCUAGGACACCACUAGCCUACCUAAGGUAGGAGGUGGAGCAAAAGCUUGACUCACUCUGGGUCACUAUCCCAGCUCAAAAUGGUCAAGCCAUGGCAGUUUAUCUCCACGGGGCUCAGCCCGCUUGUGUGUUCUGGCAUGUGCUUGCAUUAGGAUCCCCAUCACUCUUCACAAAUUUCUAUUAUGUAAGAUGCUUAUUGAACACAAGAAAUAAAUUCAGAAAAAAUUCAAGUUAAGUCAGCUUUAGAAAUAUUCUCACUGCGAGUGAUUUUCUGCUUUGGCGUUUGUGAUUCUUAAUCUCUCUUGGGUGUAGGCCUGUGCUUCCAACCCCUUCCUCCCGCAUUUAGUUUGUUUCUGCUCUGCUGGGUAAUUUCUUGCAGGCUUACCUACAUGUUCAAAAAUUAAAAAUAGAACUACCAUAUGAUCCAUCUAUUCCACUCCUUGUAUUUAUUAAAGGAAAUGUAAUCAGGUUAGGAAGAUACACACCCACACUCCCAUAUUCACUAUGGUACCAUUCAAAACAUACAGAAUCAACCUAAGUGUCUUUCAAGGAAAUUUGAACAAAUGGAUUGAAGAAAUUAUUUAUUGUUUUUUUUUGCUGGUCCUG